AACCCUUGUGUCGUUCCCAUCUGACCGGCUGCAGGUCACUGGUAUUGGUGGAGUCGGUGUGCGUAACAACACGGUGACGUCUCCUCCCGUGGAGGCAGGGGAGCUGCGUGCACAUGCAUGAGCUCGGUCCAACCUCUAUCCAGGAGAGAGCUCAUCCUCACUCUUUUAAAUCAACAUGUGACACUUUUUUUUCUCUCUGCACGAAGCCAUAAAAGAUGGAGCUGCAGGUGGAGAACCAAAGUCAGCCCGUCGACGCCGACGCCGCGACGCUGCCGGCCAAGCUUCUCCUGGAGAUGGGUGUGGACAACUUCAUCUCUCUCCUCGUGUUCGGACUUAUUUUCGUCCUCGGCGCCAUCGGGAACACGCUGGUCAUCACGGUGCUGGCGCGCAGCAAGCCGGGUCAGCCGCGCAGCACCACCAACAUCUUCAUCCUCAACCUGAGCGUGGCGGACCUGUCCUACCUGCUCUUCUGCGUGCCCUUCCAGUCCACCAUCUACAUGCUGCCCACCUGGGUGCUGGGCGCGUUCAUCUGCAAGUUCAUCCACUACUUCUUCACCGUGUCCAUGCUGGUGAGCAUCUUCAGCCUGUCGGCGAUGUCCGUGGACCGCUACGUGGCCAUCGUGCACGCCAGGAAAGCCUCGUCGAUCCGGGUGGCGCGGCACGCGCUGCUCGGCGUGGUGCUCAUCUGGGUCCUGUCGCUGGUGAUGGCUGCGCCCGUGGCGCACUACCAGAGCAUCGUGACGCGGGAGGACAACAGCACGUUCUGCUGGGAGGUCUGGCCGGACCACCACAGGAAGGUGUACGUGGUGUGCACCUUCGUUUUCGGAUACCUGCUGCCGCUCACGCUGAUCUCGGUCUGCUACGCAAAGGUUUUAAAUCAUCUACACAAAAAGCUGAGAAAUGUCUCCAAAAAAUCAGAGCUCUCAAAAAAGAAGACCGCGCAGACGGUCCUGGUGGUGGUGGUGGUCUUCUGUCUGUCCUGGCUGCCGCACCACGUCGUCCACCUGUGGGUGGAGUUCGGCUCCUUCCCCCUGAACCAGGCCUCCUUCGUGUUCCGCAUGGUGGCCCACUGCCUGGCCUACAGCAACUCCUCCGUCAACCCCGUCAUCUACGCCUUCCUGUCGGAGAACUUCCGGAACUCCUACAGGCAGGUGUUCUGGUGCCGGGCGCCCAGCGAGUGGCCCCUGAACGAUACCAGGGACCUGCGCAGCAGGUUGGAGACGGCGCCGUCCACCAACCUCAGCGUGGCCUACAAAGGUCACGACUCUCAGAUAGGUAAGAUGGUUUGACGAUGCUGAGAGCACCUCCCGUUGGUUUGUGUAGAGUCUGACUUGCACUGGAGUUGUGAGGCUGAUGAUACCGAUAUCGAUAUUUGAUAGUUUGAAAAAUCAAAGUACUGGUACGUUAACCGCCAUUCUGUUUGCUAGUAUGCUGAUUUGAAAUGGGGCCAGUACUCUCUGGUGCAGUAACGUUCGUUUUUUUCGUAGUAUACAGACACUUUUCAAUGAAUGAAGGAUUUCAUGUACAGUAAAUGUCGGGAAAUAUUGUCCGACUUCCUGUUCCAUCAAGUCAAAGAGAGGAGUUGGUCUGUUUUCCUCCGGUUUAGCUGUAAAGUUGCCAGAUAAGAGCUUCGUUUUGUGUUUGCACCUCCAAAGUUCAGGUAGCAGGAGUGAACGUCCGCGUCAUAAGUUCCUGAACGGAAGAAACAAGCAUGUUUCGUUGGAAAUGUAAUCUAAGGCUGGAUUAUGUUGAGAUGUAAUGCAUCUGUCUUAUGGAUGAAGUUUGCACGGUGGCCCUCAAGUGCAAAUAUCAAAAUGACGAAUUAGAAAACACAACCACAUAUUACAAAACACUAUGACAAUAACCUCUAACGGAAAUAAAGGGAUCUGGUACUGAUGAGGAUCGUUGCAGAUUGGACGGACGCAACGUCCGCCCUUUUGAGGCAGAGGGAAAUGCACCACACAAGGGUUUGUACGGUGGCCCUGAAGUGCAAAUCUCAAAGGCAACUAUCAAAACACAAAAAAGGUAUCAGACAGGGAUGUAUUAUGAGAACAGAAAAAAAAUAGAUGUUGAUGUUUGAAGUGAAUGUUGUGUUUUUCUUAUUUGCCUUUGCGUUUUUCCCACUUGCAGUUGUAAUUUGCACUUCAGGGCCACCGUAGAUUUGGGAAGAGAUGAACUAUACAGAUUAAUGUGAAACUGACACCAGGGCCACAUUUUGAAGUAUUUUUUUUUUUUUCACAAUGAGCACAGAAAGAUUCAUGAAGAAUCACUUUUCAAUCAGGCCCCUUCAUUGUGGUGCUGUUGCAAAUACAACUGGCGCUGUUCCCAUAGAAGAAUCACCAGGAGGUCGGGUUUGAUACGUACAGUACAUACAUCAGCUCUAUACCAGAGAACAUCGUGUGCAUUCGCUGUACAUGAGAGUCAACAACGCACUAUUAAAAUGGCGUGUCCUCAAACACAACAGGAUAAAGGGUAAAUAAAGCCCCAUGGCUGGUUCACACCUGAGCUCCUGGAGACUGUUCACGACAGAAGGACAAAAUAAAAAACAGUCCGGGAGGUCGAUUUCCGUCAAGAGCCAGGGUUUGAAACUGUACAUUUGUUGAUUGGAACCGUCGGUUUUGUUUAAUCUUAAAAUUUAAUGUAAAGUGUUUUGAACUGUGCUGGUUGUUUUUGUUUCCCUAAAGUAAGCAAACAAAUAAACGAGUGUACUUUGAUAAUUGUGUGAAUGUCAAUGAAUAAAUUAGACAAAGAAUUGAAAAAAAUGACGAUUAAA